AUGCGUACGACGGAAGCCUGUUCACGACAAACGCGUUCUACUGAAGAAAAGAAAAUCUAUUUAAGGAACAUUCGAGCGGCCAAGACUAUCUCCAUCUUUAUAGCCGUGUUUUUCUUUUGCUGGGUUCCUCACUCUGCCAUUAGCAUCAGUACCAAUCUCUGUGAAUCAUGCCGAGCUAAAAUCCCAAAUGAAGUUGGUGUUCUAGUUUUGAUCUUUGGAUACCUUAAUUCUGCCCUCAACCCAUUUCUUUUCGCUUUUCGAAACAAAAGAUUCAAGGCCGCCUAUUCAGCAUUGCUGCUCACGAUGAAAGCUAGACCUCUAUUUCCACGCAGUUUGAGACGUCGCUCUACUUUAACAGCUAGUACUUUGCAUCCUGAACUUCCAGAUCUACAAGAUAGCGUGGUUCGCCUACAGUUGGCUAAAACGAAACGAGAAAGCUGA